CUAACAUGGCUACCCCUCUGAUACUUGACACCAUGUCUCUGUGUGGCUUAACAGUGCCAUGGAGGCCUUGUCCUCUGUCUCCUAGCAGACACUUUUAGAGACACAUGUUUAGUUUUGGGGCAGAGGUACUCAGAUGAGGGUAUGCCUACCAUUUGUGAUGCACUGAAUACUUCAUUUCCUCUCUGGAGCUGAUUUUUGUCACUAUGCUAAUUGUCAGUCUUCAAGCAGUGAUUAUUCUUACUAGGUGCAGUUCAGAGUUCUCAUUUGACUUCAAGAGGCUUCUUUUGACUAGCUAAAGCAAAAAAGCAAGUGCUUCUAUUUUUUGUUGUAAAUGCAGCUGUGAUCAGAUUUGCAGACAGCUGCAAACACAUAGAACCAAAUUGUGAAGUGAUUGGGAGAAAGUAGAGCAGUCACACCUUCCAGGUGAUGAGACUAAAUGUUAAAUCUUUGUCUGGGAGACAAAAUAAACUUCCAUGGAAGAGGAAAAUAUAAUCUACUGUUGUGACAAUAGAAUUGAAGUAAAUGUAUUUUAACGCUUAUCCUUAAUGUUGUUCUCUUUAAUAUUCAGUGUAACCAACCCCUGUAGCUGUGGAAGGGAAGAGAUGAGAGGUUAGAAUAGAGGUAGCCUCAGGAGUUUUCUCUGUCUUAGAAAAUGAUGCACAUCCUGGGAGCUGGGGAUGUAAGAAUGAAAAUAGAGAAGAUGAAUGUCAGGGAUCCAAGGGGAGCUUAGACUAUAUGCACAAUGUGAGAGGCAGCUGCUGUUUCUCCUCGCAAAUAUAUAUAACAGCCUCUUGGCUGCAGCAGCUUUGAACCUGAAAAUAUGACAUUGGCUGGGAUAAUUCUGUCUUGUAUGCUUUCUUUUUAUACCAAAAAAAAUGCGAAUUCAGUUCCUGGAUGGGGAGCAUGACAGAGGAAUCCCUUACAAUCCUAGCGCAUAGGGGAGAAAAAUGCCUCUUGCUUUUGUCUGGCAGCACCUUCUGUCAGACAUGGUCGUAGCACUGAUGGGCUCAGUAGAAAGCUGUGCCUCAGGCUUGAGUAAGAGUUUAGCCUGAAGGGACCAAGAACAUUAUCAGAAAGUUACAUUGCACAAGGCUCGGGUAAUAAAAGAGACCAACUAGUUUGCUCUGUAAGUUCUAGUAGCACUUACCUAUAGUUAUCUCUUUUAAAAACAGACUUUUAUUUUUCCUUUUUUGUCAUUGCCUUCCUCUUGCCAUUCCAGUUUUUCUGUCCUCUCAAAUACUUACCAGUAUUCAUUACCAGAUACGAACUGGCUUACAUUAAGAUUGUUCACAGAAUUUGGCUGGGAGGAUGGGGGGCCAAUUCUAUGAAGAGUCUUAAUUUGUUGGGGUUUCUAUAACUGAAGCAUGGCUGGAAACAGGAGGCUUUGUAUCUUUUUCUUGCCACUCAGAUUUUGCUUUGAAGUAUUAGUUGUGACAGGCUGGCUAAAACCUAUUUCAAAUGCUGUCUGUAAUGCAAAGCUCUAUUUGUAAAGCAUGAAUAAGUCCUUGUAAAAAAUUACUGAAAAUUAUAAAUCCUCUGAGUUUCACAUGGACUUGAAAAGCUAACAGACACACAAUCCAGCCCGUAUCUUAAUGGGAGACAAUUUUCAAGGAACACAAAGCCUGACUGAAAGUCUCUUUGAUUGUAUGCCAUGGUAGUUUGUAAAUAUAGCCAUAUGGUAUUCUGCUUUCUAUUGCUGAUGUCUCCGUAUCUCUAGAACAUGUUGGUGUGAGACUUUUUUCUCUUCCUUAUCCAGCACUUAUCCUGGAGGAGAUUGCUAUUGACUGUCACAAUAAGGAAACAGAGCAGAGGUUACUUCAAGAAGCUCAUGAUUUGCACCUGUCUUCACUCCAGUUAGCUAAAAAAGCCUUUGGGGAAUUUAAUGUACAGACAGCAAAACACUAUGGCAACCUGGGCAGACUUUAUCAGUCAAUGAGAAAAUUUAAGGAAGCAGAAGAAAUGCACAUCAAAGCAAUUCAGAUUAAGGAGCAACUUCUUGGUCAAGAAGAUUAUGAAGUCGCCCUGUCAGUGGGACAUCUAGCGUCUCUCUAUAACUAUGACAUGAAUCAAUAUGAAAAUGCAGAAAAGCUUUAUCUGAGAUCAAUAGCAAUCGGAAAGAAGCUUUUUGGAGAAGGUUACAGUGGACUAGAAUAUGAUUAUAGAGGUCUCAUUAAACUGUACAAUUCCAUUGGCAAUUAUGAGAAAGUAUUUGAGUACCACAAUAUUUUGGCCAGUUGGAACCGUUUGCGGGAUCGGCAGUUCUCAGUGACAGAUGCUCUGGAGGAUGUAAGCACCAGCCCUCAAUCCACUGAAGAAGUAGUCCAGUCUUUUCUGAUGUCUCAGAACAUCGAUGGACAGAAUAGCUAGAGAACUUGGUCAAUUAACCAAUUAAGGGUUUUUUUUUUCCCUCCCAGAUUACAAGGGGAAUUCAUACUGUGAAAUCUAAACCAUGUAGUUUUCUGGGGGCUGGGAUUUGCAUUGAAACACUGGUCCAGUCCAUUGAAGAGUGCCCAUACAGAUGAAUGAGUUAAAUUCUUAUCAGCAUGUGUAUGGCAUGUUUAGUUUGGCUCUGUGAAUACCAAACACCAGAACCCCUCCCCUCUUCUUUUGCAAAAGAAGCUACUUUGCAGGAAAUCUGCAAAAAACCUAAACAAAAACACCCUUAGUUACAACUUUUAAGAGUUCAAAAGAGCUUCAUUCUUAUUAUGAAAGGAAGGUUUCAGCAAAAAAAUUCUUCCAACAAGUAAAAGUAAUAAAUACUCUAUUGUAAGAAUUGAAAAAGGUGUUUAUACUUUAUGCAUUGUAGCAGAGCUAAUGACAAAUAUUAACAAAAGAGGAAAUGCCCUAGCUUUGUUUGCUGCCUUAUGAAGAAAAGUGGCAAAGAACCACUCCAGAAAGAAAUGUGUGUCUUGUGAACCACGCUAG